GUCGUCGUCGCUGCCAUCAACGAUGUCCAGCCCUUAUCGCAACUCUCACCCAUGUCGGGGCACGACUCCCAGAACAGCGGCCAGUGGACCGAGCCCCCGUGGUCAGGAUGGAUCGAGACGACCGGCGACGCCCUCCUCAUCCUCGAGGCCGCCCGCCGAGGCCUUAUUCCACGCGUCACCCGUCGUCUUGUCGAUUCUGAGCGCAAGAUGAUCACCUCUGGCUCCGUUUUCGUCUUCGACGAGGACGAGAGCGGCAUCAAGCGGUGGACCGACGGCUUCUUCUGGAGCCCCAGCAGGAUCCUGGGCAACUUCCUCCUCUAUCGCGAGACAGAGAAGAGGGGAGCGGGUCACAGCCGCGCUCGCGCCGAAGCCGCAGCGACUGAGGAGGCAGAGAGCCUGAAGCAGGAGGGCCAGUCGCUCUCUCGGCCAAAGGGGGAGUCCAGCCGCCUGGGCAUCGACCGGCAACGGGAAAGGGUCCUCGUUGGGAGCCUCACCAACAGCUACAAGUUCAAACCUGGGGGCAUGAUGAAGAAGACGUUCUCGCUCACCAUCGGCGGCGUCGCGCAACACCUCAUUUCCUACUACAAGAUCGAGGACGUCGAGCAGGGCCGUUUGCGGUCUCCCUCCUCGCUCCCGGAACUGGCGUCUCUGACGAUCAGCCCGGAGUAUCUCGACAAAACGCACUUCCGCAACCCUCCCAAAGUCGAGAUCGGGGUCGACGGCGUCCCGCGCUACCGCGGUGAGGCCGAUGACGUCGAGCUGUCUCCGCGUCUCCUGCCUGCGCCCCUGGCUGCUGGUGGCUACUACGGCGAAGGCGAUGCGAGUUCAAGCAAGCGCACCAAGCGAUAUGACCCGUACUCCAGCGGCACGGGUGCGCCCAAACGCUCGCGCAAGAAGAACAACUCCGCCUCCAGCCAACAGGAGGCCACCGGCGGGGAGUCGCCGACACAGCCAAUUGCGGUUUCCGUCCACCAACCGCAGCCAGCAUACGCCGAUUCCAAUGUCUCUCACUACCCUUCUCCCUACAACUACUACCCAGUGCCCCCUGGCUACGCCCCGCCGAUGUAUUCCUCGUCUCCAUACCCCCCUCUCGCUCCGCCUACUUCUACCACGACGCCUCCACAUGAUAGCCCGUCCCCACCUGGGCCCGCUGCGGCUGGCUCUUCGCCCACCUACUCCGCUUAUCCCGUCAGCGAGGCCACGUCCACGGCGCCCACAUCCUCCAUGUACCCUCCGUACUAUCCGCCACCGCCGCCACCUCCGCAUGGGUAUGCUACGUAUCCUUCUGUGCCGUGGGCUCACUACAACACCUACCCGCCGCCGCCGCCCCCUGUGCAAGCGAGCGGUACAACUAUCCAGGAAAUAUCUGAGAGCGACGUGAGGAACAGCGGGGGCGGGGGCGGUGGCGGCGGGGCGUGAGUCCACUCGCUCCCCGCCUAUCUGUGUCUGUCCUGGGUCUGUGUGUAUGUGUACGUUUUCCGCCGUGCUGUCUUGUACUCUUGUAACCGUGUUCUAUCAGCGCCCUGCCCUGCCUUCCUGCGGCCCCCUCUACGACGUCUAUCCUGUGCCUGUGCCUGCUUCGCUGCUGAGUGUACGAUAGUGAGUGGUUCUUUCUUGGGUCUUUUGCCGGUGUCUCUGCUCCGCCCCGUCGCUGUCCAUACGUUGUGGUAUCGUACACUCGCUUGAUACCGAAGCAGUCAAUAACAAACUGUACAGUAUUGUGCCCGCCUCCCGCCUCAUCGUGUAUAUCCCCCACUCCCCGCUCCCCUCGCCGAUCUUGUACUCCUGCUUUCCUACUCCGCUUUUCGUCCCC